ACAGCCAAACAAGGCCACACCACGCCGUAGGUUGCGCUGGCAAUGCAUCCCCUCCAUGCCUGCAACAGCUCGCUAGCGGCAACCCCGAUUGCUUGGCCCUAAAUCCGAUGACUUCUCACACGAGGCUGCCGCCUGGCGGUCAGCGCCCGCAGUUUAUCAUCUCGUCGGAUGUCUAUCUAGGCUAUCUCGAGAAUUGCAGCCUGGCCCUCCAUGUCAGUUGGAUCGAUUCACCCUAGUAGCUAGAUUCAAUCGAUCACGAACUAUCAACUCGGCGACAUCAUUUGGUAAUAGAUGCUUUAUAUCCUACAAGACUCUUUCAAACUUAGCUGAAGAGAGAGAUACGCGACAGCUCAACGUCUCUUGGGAGGUAUCAUCCCGUCUUCACAAUGAUCGUCCCCAGUCUGGAGGUAGUAUAUCCUACAAACACCACUAUCGCACCACCAGGAUGGCGACCACAAAUAGACAUCAUCUGCAUCCACGAUUUGGGCGGGUCUCCCAAGGCGACAUGGCACCACGAUGAGUCUGGUAAGACCUGGAUAUCAGAUCCCGACUUUCUUGGAAGCUUCAACGACUCGGUACGAAUAUGGGCGUAUGGAUACAACUCUGAGCCUGUGGCAAACAUGACGCCUGCCAGUAUUGCACUUCAUGCCGACGACCUUCUGGCAUCCAUGAUGAAUGGAUAUAGGGAGUACGGCGGUGGCCCUACUAUAUUCAUAGCCCACGGACUUGGAGGAACCAUAGUCAAGAAGGCAGUUGAACUAUACACAUACUGUCCGGAGUACUUUGUCAUCAAAGACCUUGCAGCGAGCAUCAUCUUCUUGGGCACUGUUCAUCAUCCGACCGAUUCCGAAGGUGUUUUAAAGGCAGUGAAGGCAACAGUGACGGCCGGCUUAACGAAGAACUCGGCGGACCCGUCAAUGGAUGAGAUAAGACAGUUUUCGGAAACUGUUAGGCAAGUCAACAACAAUUUUGUCAACAAGACUAUGCCCCGUUUCCUGAUCCUCAACUGUCUUGCCAAGCGGUCAAUCAAGGUUACCGCCGAUGACGGUACAUCUUCCAGAAAUCGAAUCGUUUCCGGGAGAUGCGGUGAGAUGAACUCUGCCAACGUCAAGAAUGUGUCGUUGGACUGCAAUCACCUCGAGUUGACACAGAUUCCUUCGCCAUCAAGCCAGGUCCAUACAAUUCUAACCGAGAACAUUGACGAGAUAAUACAAAUCAUCUUGGCACGAGAUAAGAGAAGGGUCAUUUUCUCGCCACCGCCGCCAGCAACACUGAACACGGCCGGUCCGUCGCCACCAUCGCCGCCAGAUCCUGAAAAGCUUGGAAGGCCGUCACAUAUGCCUAAAGGUCGGAUCAUUCCUGGCCCACCGCAGCGGGUCACAGACACGGAGUCGUUCCAGCUGUGGGCAAGGAAGAAAAAUGCUGAAUACAUAGGGAAGUAUCGAGACACACUUCUCAACAAACUCGGCACAUGGGACCAAACACACCUCGGCCAUGAUAUCUAUCCUAUACCCGGAACAUGCACCUGGAUACAAUCAGACCCGACCUUCAGGGACUGGCUGAAAUCAAACAAGGCCGAUUGUAUGUAUAUAUUUGGAGGAUCUGGGUGCGGCAAGACGUAUCUGGCAAAAUUCAUUGCCAACUACUUGGCUGGGGACCGCCCUCGACCGUCUCCAACAUAUGGUAACGUGGUGCUUUCGUUCUUUUGCAACGUGAGUGCAACGGGGAACAAGCAACCUUCAAUCUUGGAGUACUUCAUCAAGUCACUCUUGAUGUCUACCCUUUGGUUCGAGUCAUUAUCCUCCCAGUUUUGGUAUCUCCAAGAAGAUGGCGAAAAGCUUGAUCUCGGCUCACUCUUCGAAAUCCUACGCCAGUUCAUGACAAGGCAUCAACCGACCACGGGGCCUCCAAGAACAACAGAAGUCUUCUUGAUCAUAGACGGACUUCAGGAGUGCGAUGUUACCUAUGUCCGAGAUUUUUUGCAUCUGGUUGGCAGCCUUGUCGACAGCCCUCCCCCCCGAGGACCACCGCCUCCGGGGUCAGUUGGGCCAGCCCAACACUUUGCUCGGGAAACCGUCAGAUUCAAAUUCUUGUUUACGCAUUCUCCAAACGAAGUCUUUUCUCUGGCAUCUCCUCGGGCAGUCAGAAUCGGAAUGGCUGACGCAGAUGUGGAGGAGAACAUCAGCAAGUUCAUCGAUGUGGAGGCGAAAACAAUCUUCAAGGCCAAGAAGCUUGUGCAGUCUCCUGAAGAAAUAUGCUCAUGGAUAAAAGGCAAAUCGGGAAGCUUUUUCUUCUUUGCAAAAUUCUUCCUGCACAACUUCGUUGCCACGGCCGAGGAUGCGGAUGCCUGCGAAUUCUCCAUGACCACAAGACUGAUCCCUUGCCCGGAACUGCUCGGACAGUACUACGGUUAUGAACUCCUCCCGAUAUUCCAGAACAUCGACAACCAGAACUAUCUUCUUUCAAUCCUACAGAUCGUCAUCAAUUCCAAGUCAUCAAUCAGUAGGGAAGAGAUACAAGAUGCUAUCGCCUGCCUUCACGACGAUUCUCGUUUGAGGCGUCUCGAUAUUCCCAGUGUUCUCCAGCAAAAAUGCCCCCGGCUCAUCCAUGUUGACGACAAUUCCGAACUCCGUAUCACACACCAAUCAUUCUGUUCUCACUUCAGGACAUACAUAAACAAAGAACAACAACACGCUAAUAUGGCCUUUCUGUGCCUGAAGUAUCUUUCGCAGCCCAUUUUUGGUCGCGAUUGUGAUGAUUCGCCAACGGAGCUACCUAGACAUCACCCCUUCUAUAAUUAUGCAGCGCGUUGGUGGGAAGAUCAUUUCCGUCUCUCGGACAGAGAGGGGACAAAGCUGUUGUCCCAGCUUGGUCAUUUCAUCACCUCCCCAUGCUACAACACCUGGUCCUCACACCGGUCUUGGAAUAUUGCGACAAGUCAAUGGGCUCGCAGAACUCCAAUGUACAAUGCGAUGAUGUCGAAUCCCUGGAUCCCCCCGGCUAUCACUCUCACAAAGGCCAAUGCCGGCCAUCUCAUUAGCGAGCUUCAAGACACUUACGGCAUGGUUGAACCUAAGUCUAGGUCAUGGAAAACUAAUGCAUCAAUCCUAGCCGCGAAAUUUCCGUACAGGCUUGAUGCUUUUCCCGGCUUGAACAGACUGCUCGAGAACGCUCAUCCAAAGCCAGACUUUUCUGUGCGAGAUGCAGCCGGCCACACACCUCUGAUGACGGCAGCGAUGGCACCAGACGGCUUGCCUGACAUGGUUGAGUUUUUGCUUCAAAAGACGCAGGAUGUCAAUGAACGAAGCUCCGUCCACGGGGAUACAGCACUCUUACUUCUCUGCAGGUUUCUGGACCUGCGUGAUGACUUGCUCUUCGGUAAUAUGCUCUCCCUGUUCCUCGCCGCGGGGGCAGACCCCAACAUAUCUGGACUCGACGGGAAGACAUGUCUUUUGGAGGCAUGCGAGAGGAAUUCGGUAACAAUGGUAGAGCUAUUGCUCCGCGCCGGCGCAAGCCCCAAUGCUUCAACUAUUGACGGAAACACCCCGCUCCGCGAAGCAUUGAUGAACUCAAAUGUGGCAAUCGUCGAAAGACUGAUCGCACACGAUGUUGACUUGGAUAUGAACUUUCCCUGGCCAAGUGACCAGACGCCUUUGACAUUUGUCAUCAUCGAACGCAACUUUGACCUUUUCAAGCUGCUUUUAAACACAUUGGACGACAUCAAUCAACUGGAUGGCGCGGGAUUCGCAGCCAUACACUUAUUGACAGCGCCGGAGUAUAUCGAGUGGCUUCCUCACCUUCUGAGAAGACCCGAUGUAGAUCUCAACCUUCUCUCGAAUGGGUUGGAGGACGAUCGCACAAGGGUCUUACGUCGGGCCCCGCUAGGCUUCGCAAUCUUCCAUGACAAUUUCAAGGCUGUUGAGAUGCUUCUCGAAGCAGGGGCCAAUCCUUGUCGCUGCCCGGGAGCAACGGAUGAUACACCAGUUUACAUGGCGGUGAAGUUUGCCAGGACAACAAAUUAUAAAAAUAGGUCAGUGAGCCAUGAUUUGAGCCCUGUCGCAAUCAAGCAUGACAAGAGCAAACUCGACAACACUGGCAACGUCGAUAUUUUGGAAUUGCUAGUGUCGUACCAAUCCCCUAUCAACACGUUAUUGAACCACAAGUCAAAGGAGUACGCAAAGUCUCCAUUGAGAUUGGCGGUGCACCUGGGGGACCAGAACAUGGUCGAGUUUCUCCUACGGCACAGAGCUGACCCCACACUGGAGGAAGCCUAUGGACUUCUUGGUCCUCUGGAUGCUGCUAUUGUUCACGGCGAUGAAGACACCACACUCGAAUUGGUCAAGACGCUUCUCGACAACAAUUUGCCCCCCAGCAUCAACUAUCUACCGGAAGACAACAACCAAGCCGACCAUGUACUCAUUGCAGCGAGUGAGCUGAAACCAGCACUGGUCCAGCUUUUACUUCACUACGGCGCUGACACGAAAUCCUUUUUGCCACCCUCUCCACAUUGCAAUUCAACGCCGCUGCUUUGUGCGGUGAAAGAAAACAAUGUCGAUAUCUGCAAGGUGCUCGUAGAGCACGAACCUGACCUGGUCAACUGCCAGUUCGAAGAGGGACUUGUAUGCGAAGCACCAAUACACGUGGCCGCCAGAGAGAGACACGUGGAAAUAGUACGCUAUCUUCUCGACGCAGGUGCCAAGCCCGAUCUGCUCUCAUAUCAUUGGCACGAAACACCGCUCUGGUCGGCAUGCUACGAUGGCAAGCUCGAAAUCGCCCAAUUGCUCUACGACAAGUCUCCAGAGACCCUCGAAACCCCAUCCUACAACGGCAGCACUCCCCUCAUCGUCGCCUGUGAAGCCGGAAACCUGCAACUGGUAAGGUUUCUCCUCGAAAAGGGGGCCGACGUCAACGCAAGGCUCUCCAUAGGCGAAUCGUGCGUCCAUAGCGCGGUGUCGAAGCACAACGGUGCUGCGCACAAGGUCGUCGACCUGCUGAUUCAACACGGGCUCGGUAUCAACGACGUUGUCGGCGCGAUCGGCUUCACCGUCCUCGGCGAGGCUUGCAGAGUUGGCGAUGCUCAAACUGUCCGGAUGUUGCUCGAGAAAGGAGCAGAUCCGUCCAAGGGACAAAAGCCGCCCGGAAACACGUCCGGGGCCUGGCGGUCUGCUUUGCAUGUAGCGGCUAUUGGUGGGCAAACCAAAAUCGUCGAAAUCUUGCUUCAAAGUCAUCAGCUGGCCUCGUUUGUCGAAAAUGUCGAUUAUUACGGGGAUAACGUCUUGCAUCUGCAUUCCCCAGGCUCUCUCGCCAAAGCCUACGAGAUCACAAACAAGAUCUAUAGAGCCUGUCAGAGGCUGGAGUCAGAAACGGGAAUCGACCACUUCCAAGCGAUGCUUACCGUCAAGAACCGUGAUCUGCACACGCCCAUAGACAUUGCACUGGGGGGCCUCCACGAGCGCUUAAGUGACGAAGCUAUGGCAAACACUGACGAAAUCAUUUGUCAGUACGUCGGAGAGCUAACCGCAGAGGACCAAAGAACCGUUUUCCACCACAAACACCUCAUGAUAGAUCUCUCUAUUCUUCUCCUACAACGAGGCGGAUACGAUCAGCAAGCCGUUAGGCUACUACAGACUUUGACCAUUCAUGUGUCAAUCAAAGAGCUGAAGGAUCGCUUGAUUGAUACGGUGGCAUGUACGAUAUGCUGCGACGUCUGCGACAGCUCCGACUGCUCCGACGACGACGACGACGACGACGACGACGAGAACGAGGUCAUGUAUUUCUGCCGGUUCUGCCGGUUCUGCCGCCUCGUCGUUUGCCAAAGUUGUGUCGAUAAAACUGAACGAGGCCAUGGACUUGUCCGUAUUCCCAUUGUGAAAGAUAGGAGGAUGUUGGACUUCAAUUCCGAAGAGAUCAAUCGGGCUUUUGAUAUCUUGAAAAAUGAUUUCGUCGUCCGGCAGAAGCCUGUGUUCGAUAGAAGUGCUUCGGCGGCUUCUUUCGAGGUAGACAGCAAUUCUGACAAUACGACACUCUCACUAGCUCUGCUUCAUGCUUUCGGAUACCUCGAGUUCCGACGCCGAGCCUGGAGUCCAUACUUGCCUCUAGCUCCAGUGGUAUACAAAAGGAUACAGCCAUGGGAGGCAGUAAUCGAGCUUCCCAGACGAGAUUUCCAGGAAUGGGUGUGGCACACAGAAACAUUUCCACUCAGAUUGCGUAACGAGCUUUACUAUUUCCUGGAGGCUGGGAAAAGAAUGGCUUACAGUGACUUGGAGGCUAUUCAAAGAGAGCAGGUCAUCAGAGAUGUUCCAGGAUUGUUUGCUCGGCAAGGUGGGUCUCAAAUUGAUGAGCGGGUUCCGGCUCGGACUAGAGGCCAAAGACGGAUGAAGGAGUUCGACAGUCAUUGAAACCGAGAGACCAGAAACGUAGCCAUGUGUUUUGAGAACCACCGAACCACUAGCGAAUAAACCACAUCUAAUAGAACUUAUUCUUGGUCCAACAAGAAGCUCUGCAACACAGCAGCGUACUUCUCUGGCUGCUCCAGAUGAACACAAUGCCCGCCAUCACUGAUUGUUACC